GUGGGCGGCGGCGCCGGGAGGGGGCGCGCAGGGUUGGAGGCGUCGGCGUCGGCAGCGGGCGGAGAGUGAGGGGCGGCGGCCAUGGCGGGGGAGGCGGCAGCAGCAGCCGCAGCCGACAGCGGUGAGGGGAAGGAAGCCGGGAACGGUGGCGGCUACGACGGCAAGUGCGUGUUCUGCAGGAUCGCCCGCCGGGAAGAGCCGGGCACGGCGCUGCUGCCCUGUCAGUAUGAAGACCUUGUUUGCUUUAGAGAUAUCAGGCCUAAUGCCCCCCACCACUACCUAGUGGUGCCGGUGGAGCACAUGGGAAACUGCAAAACGCUGAAGUCAGAACACAUACCUAUAGUGAAGAGAAUGAUGGAAGUUGGAAAAUCUGUCCUCCAGAAAAAUAAUUUUAGUGACCUGAAUGAUGUAAGAAUGGGUUUUCACUGGCCUCCAUUCUGCUCAAUAUCCCACUUGCAUCUUCAUGUCCUAGCCCCGGAGAGUCAGCUAGGAUUCUUGUCCAGACUUGUGUACAGAAUAAAUUCCUACUGGUUUAUCACGGCUGAGCAACUGAUUGAGCGACUGCAAACUGAAAAUGCUGCCAGCUGAAAGCACUCGUGGCCUUGUGUCCCCAGCCAGUUUGUCUUUGAGCUCUGAUUUAAGGUUGCACAGUUUGAUGUUACCCAUAAUAUACCAGGAUAAAAAAAGCUUUAGUUCCUUAUGAGGAAAUGCACAUAGAAUUUGUAGCUGCCAGCCUGAUUCUCCCAUUUGGAUCUGUCUACUUCUCUUACAAUAAGGCCAUGUAUUUUAAUUAUGAUUUUAUAUUUGUGUGUAUAAAUGCACACAUACACCACACACACACACAUGCACAGAACUUUUGCCACUAAAAGUCUGAGUAUAGCAGCAGAGUGUAUUGCAACUAAGGCAACAAGUUACUACUAAUGGCGUGUAUGUAGUACCAAAGAGAAUAUUUGUUGCAGAAUCAAGCUUUUAUUUUAAAGAUGCAUUGUUCUGGGAUUGUAAGUAAUAUUUAAAACAUUUAAGUUUCCAUCUUUGUUCCUAUGAUAGGUUACUGAUGCGUAGCUAUUAGUAGAUGCAAAGCUGAAACUACACUACUAACUUUCUGGUGCUAAACCACUUUAAUCUAUUACCUGUCUUAUUUGCAUGAAAGUAAAUGUGACAAAGUAAAUGUUAACUCGUUAGGUGCCCAAGACAUGAUAAUACUAUAUAACAUUAAAUAUAGUUUCUAUGUAUGUAUAAGUGGUUGUAUGUUGGACUUAAAGACUGUUUCCCUCUUAUGUGUGCAAUAUUUUAGAUAAGUUACUGUAUGUUUACAAAAACUGUGAAGAGAUCAGAGGAACUGAUUUAAUAUAAUGCUCUUCUGCAUGAUGGUAGAAAAAAAAAUUCAAAUUUUGAGAUGGUUCUGGUAUUGUUCUCACUGGAAGUCCCUUGGAGACCACUAAUGUCUUGGCUUUCUAAGUGAGGUCAUAAGAAAAAUGUGUCUUCUGUGCAGUGAGUAUGUGGCAGGCUUGCAUAAUAGCAAUCUGAUUGGAAUUUGGGAUAGCGGAGACUCGGCCCAAAAUGGGAAGAUGUGAAGUUGCUUGAGGAAUCUGCUGAACAUUUGUUGUACGACUCCAGUCAGUAAUGUUAGUGCUCUGUUCUUCAAUACUAUAUUAAGGCAGACUGUUAGGAAGGUUAAAACUCCAGAAAACAUUGAGUGAAUGCUCUUCAUUCACAGAGUACAUCUCUUGGUGCCUAACUAAUCAAGUGUCCUUGGCUGAUGCAUUUAGAUGCAGCUGAGGUGAUGAUGGUCUGUUGCACCUGCAAGCUUCCCUGAACGUAGUCUUCUCAGAGUUUUCUACUCAUCCAGCACCUCUUGCCUUAGUGGUACAAUGUAUUGUAAUAUUCUUACGGUAAACUAUACUUAAUACUUCAGAAAGUCCACACCCUUCUGAAGAACAGCAUUUUCUACCCAGAAGAGUUUACAUCUCUCUUUUCUCUAAGACCUUGUUCCUAAUGUCUUGUUAUUAUUAGUGGGCACUCACAUGUCAUUUGCAGCCCUUUAGGGUUUUAGUUUGUCAGGUAGGAAAAGUGGGAGUUAAAGCUACUGAACUUUGACUGCUUCUGUGCAAUAGAUGAGGAGGUUUGAGCUGACUUCUAGCUUUGUGAAAUAUCUGAACAUUAAGACCUUCAAGAAUUAAUAUUGUGUAUGUGUUCUGAUUUGUAAUUAAUUUAUGUAACUAUACUUGGGACAUGGAAUGUUUAAAAUACCAACACGAACAAUUGUCAAAAAAGAUUAUUAAAUAGAAUAAAUGUUAAUCUUGGAACAAUCUUCCAGUGCAAUUGAAUAGU